CAUUCCACCUUCCUUCUCAGCAGCUCAGUUGCUUGUGCCAGUUUUUUUGGCCGCCCUGGGACAGAGGCAGAGCUGAUCUGGCUGGAUUUUAUUACAUUGCAAAUUUGCUAGUGGCAAGUAUUUUCCUGGGAGUAUUGCUUAGAGGAUCCAGGCAGGACCCAUGCCUCAUCCUGGGGGCAAGGAGAAGUGGCUGCAGAGCUCCCAGACCUCCAUGCAGGUGCAAGGGUUUUAUUUCUCCCCUCUGGUUGCCUGCUUUCCACACUGGCCCACCAUGAGUGCUACCCACCAAGGAUCUCCCAAAGUUAAAAGGGUUCUGAAACCUUCCCUGAGAUUUCAGAGUGAGCCAAGUGCAGCAGUCACCAGAUACCACAUUGCACGCAGGCUGAAAAAUGCCAUUGAGCCGAACCCAAAACUCCAGCUCCUGCCGCCAAAGUUUUCCAUUUGCCUCCCUCAUUCCCCUUGGAGUCACACACCCAGAAUUUAAUAUUUUCAAGAGGAAAAAAAACCCAACCAUCCUUUGAACCUUUUUCCCCUCUUUUUCUUGGAUAUUAAACAUUUCCAGUCAAGCGGAACUUGUAGGAGAGUCUCUGAAGUGAAACACUGCACCAGCACGUCCCUCCAGGAACUUCAGAUGCUAUUUAUUUAAUGCUUUUACUCAUAGAAGACCAUGUCUGAGAAGGUGUCAACAGCGUUUUCACCCUCACCCGGCUCCUCAGUCUGACUGUCCUGUGAACUGGAGGAUUUUCCUACCCUCGGCAACCAGCAAAGUGAAGGACUUGCUCACAUGAAUGUUUCAAAAACCUGCAGCCUCUUUUAAAAUUAUCCCAAGGCGAUUAAAAAUUAACAGAUGCCAUGACGAAGACAGAUGUUCUUCCAGGCCUUCCUCUGAAAUCUUAACGUCCAGUGACUCUGUACUUGAUUCCAAAUUUUCUCAAAAUGCUAAAGAACAGGACAAAUCACAGCUGUCACUUAACAAAAACCUUAAAGAACCUCUUUUUAGCAACCAGUCGUUCUGUGCUACUGCAGUUACAAGUUGCUUUUUAUUUACAGCACUGCUUAAGGAGAUUACCAGGCAGACAGGACAUUUGCCCAUUCCUCAUUUAAUAAAGACUACUCUAUUUUGAACCUCACGCCUAUGUUAACUUAUUAUGAUACUGCAAAAAAGAAAUACAAAAUCCUGAUUUCACAGAAGAAAGCUGCAGCAAGACAAGGACAAACAGAGACAGGGGUUGUUUUCUGUACAAGUGCCCACAGUUUUUGUUUUUCAAGGGAGGGAGGAGCUAUGUGGCCCUGUUCCCAUUUAAUCGCUCCAGUAGAAGCCAGCAAUAGCCACAUUCCAGUUGCAGUUCCGACAUGGCCACCUUCCUUGUUUUGUCUAGUUAUCCCACAAGCUCACAAGGCAUGGGAGAGCAUUUUAGCAGCACCCAGUAAAACAGAGCUCCCAGUUCAGUGUGGGUCUGUAAGGGAUCCAAUAGCAUAUAGAGCAAACAAACCACAGCAGCAACAACAAAAAAACCUCAAAGCCAGCUUAUGUUGAAUGAGGAACUUUAAAAAAGCAUGCAAAAAAAGUGUGAGGGGGAAUUCAUGUCGGAUGUGCACGCCCUCAGCCCCCACUCUGCCCCCCGUGUGUUUGCAUCAGUCCCAAGGUUGGUAUCUUUUCCUCCUGCAGCUCCUUCCCUCUCCACAUCCUAACAGGCUGCUCCCUCCUCUGCUCCGCUUGGCUGCUUUGCACCCGUGGCCCAGCAGCUGACUCCCCAGUGCCUCAGAGCUGCUGGGAAUAUCCCUCCCACCACUCCUGUAGGUCUGGGGACUGGAUGUGCUCGGCCCGUUCAGCAAACGCAGAAGGCUGAAGUUCGCUCCAUAAAGAUAUAUCCUCAUUGGCAGUUUUAGCUGCUAGGCAGGAGUAAGUCCCUAGCUAGCAUAUGCAAGCUAUGAUUCAAAGGCUUAAAACUGGACAGAGGUGGGUGGAUUUUGACAGAAAGGGCACCUCCUCCUCCUUCCCCAAGCCCCACCUCAGAGACAGAAGCCCACCUCCUGAAUUCUUGUCUCGGUCUUGGGAUGCUGGGGUAUUUCAAAGGAAAGGUCACAAGAAUUCCUAAUGUGGGUGAAGCAAUGUGUUUUUCUUCGUCUUGCCCUUGGAGACAGCAUAACCAUUUUGACCAAAGUUUUCCAAAAAACCUUUGGCCUGAAUUGGAUCUAGCAUGGAUCUAGCAAAGGAAAAUGUUAAGUGUUCUUAAUAAAUGGCUGUUGCCACCAGCUUCACCUAAAGGUACUAUUAGUUGGAGUAAUGAUAUGGACGCCAGUUUUGACUUAUCUAGAUUGCCCUAAUUUCUCCUAGAGACAAACGACUAUCGAGCUGGCUGUACCACCCCUAUGCGCACUACUAGCUUGCUGCAGAGCUCCGGAACCUUUCAAGGCAUGCACAAACAUCACGCAUGCCACACCUCUGACAUCCAAAAUAACUGGCAGGUUGGGUGCCCUGACCAUCCACACCUCAGCUGAUCUGCAAACACACCAUUUCGUCUUCGCUGAGGGCACCUGCUUCUGCACGCCCUGCCCUGCCGUCACACACAUGACUCCAACUAUGAUGUUAGGCAGUCACAAAUCUCCCACUUUGCCGCUGCCAUAGAUGAAUUUGGUUUUACGUUAACUUGGUAGUGUUGGCACCUACCCUGGAACAAUGCAAGCACACAAAGCUAGGCUCUUCAUAGAGUGGCAAGUGUGGACCUACACCGAUCCAAGGAACGCUGCUCUUCAAACAAGGGGACACUCACAGUAGUGUCAAGCUUUUACAUUCAAAUUAGCAAAGGCAGACCUCAGCAAAUAAAACACUGAGGCUCCUGAAAAAUCACCAAAGGGAAGCACAAGUACUUAGCAUUUCUGAGAAUCAGGCUAAAUUUACAACAGACUGAAGGUUAGGGCCUGGCACCAAAACAGGCUUUGCUAUCCAGACGCAGUGUUAGUCUUUUGUAAAGAAUUUGUACUGUCUUUAUCCAAUUUCCAUUCUUAACUGUGGCUCUCACUGAAAUGUGUUCAAACUCCCUCUACUUUUUUUCUGCCAGACACUCCUUCUAAGCAGAAGGAUUACUGAUUUCAUAUUCCAAGUCUUCCUCCAAUGUUACAACUGCUUUCCUCUUUUGAAGUGCAAUUUGCUUCUGAAAAGUGACUCUGGGAAGGAAAGAAAAAAGCAUUUAUAAAGAUUGCACACUUCUUGUUUCUCCAAAGUCUUGCACAGUAAGAGUGCUCACAGCUACAGGAAACCUGUUCGACUGUUGGGAUCUGAUAGUGACAUCCAUGACCACCAGUAAUAUCAACUAGUGCGCAGAAGCGUUAUUAUCAGACUACAUCUUUGCUGAACCUUGCGUAACAGCAUUACCUGACUGAUUCCAACCAUCAGAAAACAAGCCUGCCAAAAUUACAAGAGACAAUUGCAUUUAUUUUUUCUUCCCCUAGCUGCCUCGGUCCCGCAGCUCUAACAAGUAUCAGUGACAAUAAGAAACUUGUGUUUGUCACUAAAGCAGGCAAACACUGUGCUGAGGCCAUUCAAGAACUGGCCUGGUGACUCACGCUGGUGACUCACAACUGGUUAUUCCUGCAGAGUUAACUCUCAGUAUAAUACAGAUCUUGCCUCUAACUCAAAUUCCAGGUGAAGUUUUCAAUUCACCUGCAAAGGUAUUUUUAAGCUUGACUUGGCAGGCGGCUCAGAAGCCCAGCUUUAGCUCAAGGUCUGGGGCCUCUUGGACUGGCUCUUCAUGUCCAGCUGGCCGCACGCUCGCACUGCAGCAGGACUGCCCUCAUGCUGAAGCAAACCCAAGUCAACAUGAGGCUUCUGCACUGGAUGAACUCUCCUCUAAAGGCAAGGUACUCGGAGGCACCGUUUGUCCAGUCUCACUUCUCAGACUGGCAAAUUGCUGAGCUUUCGUUUUUGUCCCAACUCCCGCCAAGCUCUCUGAUCUCUUUAAAGCCAGCCUCUCCAGUCACCUGUGUUAAUGGGCCCCCCAAAUUCCAUGUUGUCUCCGAACACCCACAACUGAUGAGUCUGUCUUCUAGUUCUUGGUGCACGGGGUGAAAAAGCCAUCGUGCUCUACCACUCCUAUUACCACUUGUCAUCCAACCGUUUACAUAAGCCCGUGACCUCUGAAAUAAGAGCAUUUGCUUGUACUUGGGUAGAGCUGGUUGGUUGGAAAAGAACUCGGGAGAGGGAAAUGAUUGAAAAAGCAGUGACAGAAUCAAGCUUCCAGAAUAUGUCUUUUUGGCUUUCCUCCCAGGUUUGCUAUUUCCGCUAGUCAACCACUGGUUCCCCAUCAAAGAAAAAAGUUUCAACCAGCAAAGUCCAUUUGUGUAAUAUUUCCACAUACCCUCCAGCAGACAGGACUACUAUAGCAUAUGUAAUCAUCUAUAGCUUUGCUAAGCACAAAUCAAAAGGACAUAAGUAGCUGGAAAAAAAAUUCACCUUAGGUUGUGCACAUUCAUUUAAAUUUGCUACUAAAUGUAUGAACAGGUCUAGAGAACCUGAUAUUCCUAACAUGCCAAUUAUCUUUGUACUCUGGUACCCCACUCGUUAUCAAAACCAGCUUCCCUUCAGACUGAAAAAGUCGUACUUUUCUUCUUGCAUGUGGCUUCCUCAAACAGAUUUAUUCUCACAUGCAGUAGGAGGGAUGUUUUAAUCCACCAUCAAUGUAAUUUUUGGAAAAGGUGGUCUGUGCAGACGCAGUCGUCCCCAGAGGUGGCUUGUGCAUGUUAAGACCAUGGGCAUCAGUUUAGGUCCACCGAAGUAGUUAGGCUGGUGAGCACAGACACGCAAUUUGCAAAGGUUGCGCUGGUGACAAGGUGAGCUCAGCUGAAUGAGCCAAGCUAGCAAAGACCUACAAUUUAUUCCUGACCCCUCUAAUUCUGAUGCAAGGAGGUUUGAUAAGCUCAACUGUUCACACAAGCAUUCCUGACCUCAGAGAUAGUACAGUAAAAAAUCAGGUGCCAAAAAGCAUCUGGAUGCACCUGUGGACGAGGUGGGGGGUAACACUUUCCUCUGGGACAGCUCUUAGAGGAGCUCCAGAACAGAGGUGGUGGCUCCAUUUAAAACAAUGCCUACAACAGACUAAACUACAGAGGUUUAACCCAACACAAAUAGUUUUGUGAAAGGACUACACACUUCUGCAUGCAUAAAAAUUGUCCAAGUUAGACCAGCCUCUGGAACCCCACCUGGCAUUUCGGUGGUGGUUCUCCUUCCCAGACCUAUAUCUCAUGAGAAGCUGGAUUUGGAAAAUAUGCUCCAGGAUUCAGUUGCCAUAGCAAGUUUUUAAGCUCCAGAGAAAAAUACACACUGUUUCUGCUUCCCUCAAAGAUGCAAGAGGAAAAAAAAAUCCCACUGUAUACCUUUCUCGGCUGUAAUGUGGGAGGCCUGAGCUUCAUGACCUAUCUGCCAUCUAGUAGCAGUCCUUGGACCAGAUGUCAGCAUCCAGUGAACAUGCUCUCAGGCUACAGAGCUGGGACAUUUCUCUGUUGACCCAGGAGCCCUCCUCCAAAAAGUCCUGAAUUCUCUUAAAAGUAGUACUGUCUGAAAAGGAGCAUGGAGCUCCUCCACAGGAGCUGAGUGCAUCGUUGCCCUGACACCAGACAACUCACUGGCUUCCACUGCAGGGAUGGGGCCUCUGGGCAGAAACGGGCAUUGCCUGCCCCAUCAAAAGGGGGCAGCAGGCCUGCAAUUCCUCUCCAAAACAGAAGUUUGAAGGACACUGCAACCAUGGAGGUACAGAGCAUCCACCCAGCAGGUGGGAGCUGCCAGCUGGGCUCUUCUCUGAAGAGGCGAGUCUAGCACUCAGGCCUACCCACUUCCCAUCCAAAUGAUCCAUCUCUGACAUGCCACAGGGACAGGCACACCAGUGCCCUCUGUUAAGCCAGCAUCAAUGUAAACCUCAAGAGAGCAGACUGAAAUGAGAAUGUCCAUCUCAAAAUAGCACUUACCUUUCUAAGAAGGUGGGAUCUGGGAAACAUCCUUGUCCUCCAUCAUUUCCUCUUCCCUUGCUCACUGCUUCCUGCCCAGGAUGCUGCCCAUACAGCAUCCUUACUACAUAAGGAGCACACCCCUGGGACUUGGCCCAUUAAAGUUCAGGUUUUGUGGCACUCAGUAAAGGCCAAACAUUCAGAAAUCAAUCCGAGUCAGAGAGCUCCAUUCUAAAGUCUCUGAAUGCUCAAAAGAUCAAUUUCAAAAAGAUCAUGAACCUGGGUCCAUAGCCUCCUCCGACAAUAGGAUUAGGUUCCCCUUGCUGAUCAAUCUUUUUUAAAAAUCAAGUUAGCACGCUUUUGAUAAAAUUGUAGGGGACAUUACGAUAUUUUGUGAGUUUGGGAUGGCUUGUAACUCAUCUGCCAACUAUAACCGGACUAUAAAUACAAGUCAUUGUAAUGUUUUAUGAAGAAGGUGCACGUCGCUAUCAUGCAACAACCAUAUGCUCUGCUGUUUGUAUGGAUCUGUUAUCCAACCCUUAUAUAAGCCGUUGAUGGAAUUAUCAUCGCAGGACACUUGCAGCACGGUUGUGUGAUCAAAGUAAAGUGAUGAAGAAACGAAGGAGCUUUGUGCUGAGGUGAGACCGGCCACUCGCCAUUCCCAGCCGCAGCUGCAGGAGGAGGGAACGUGCAGACCCACUCAGCUGCACGACAGCCAUAACUUCGGAGAGGACAGGGAACACAAAUCUGGGGCUUGGGCUACAUAGCAGAGGGCAAAGUAAAUAAUUGCACGUUCUGUGGUGCAGGGGAGAGGGCAGGGUCGGGGAGGAGGCUGAGGGAAAGGCUGGGGGGGCUGCUUUAAUGGUUUAGGGAACUCGUGCGACGUUGCCUGCACGCACCCGCCCUGCCCGGCAGCAGGCCGCCCGGGCUGCGCCCCCCGCCUCUCCCUGCUCGCCCUCCGGGUGCCCCGGGCACCGGCCCCCACCCGUGAAAAGCCGCGGGGCAGCACCCCGGCCGGUUUCCGCGGCACGGCUGCAUCCCGGUGCCGGUGCCGCAGCCGCGGGCGCGCCGGGCCAAGCCGCAGCCCCCGGGUCCGGCGCUGCCGGUGCCAGGCUCCGACGGCCAUGUGCCGUGUACUACGGGCACAGGCUCCACCUUCCCCGGCUCCCGCCCGCCCCCACGCAUCCAGGAAGGGAAAAAAGAGGAGGAGGAGGAGGAGGAGGAGGGAAGGGGGUGAAAGGGAAAAAAAAGAGAGCGAGGUUGAAAGGAGGGAGCUCGCCGAGACCCACCCUUCUCCCUCCUCCUCCUCCUCCUCCUCCGGGCUGCUGGCCGGGCUUUUGUUUUCCUCCAGCUCCCCAUUUCCCACACGUGAUUGCCGUGUUAUUGCACAGGGCGCUCCGCGGCGCGGCUGCACCUAUAAAUACGGAGCGGGCGGGCGGCGGGGGCCCGGGGCAGCGCGGCGCGGCGCGGCCGGGCGGAGGGCACCUCCGCGUCACCCCCAUGCAUCCCGGCGGGCCGACGGCACCCGUGCCCCGCCGCCCGCCCGCCUAAGGGGGAGGCAGCGAGAGGCAGCGCCCGGCCAGCGGGGAGGGGGGGGGGGAGCCGACCGACAAUGGCGGCGGCCGCCACCGCCGCCAGCCCCGGCAGUCCCGCCGCCGGGCCCCUGCCGCCGGCGGAGCCCUGCCCCAGGAAGGGGCCGCCGCCGCCGCCGCAGCCGCCGGCAGCGCGUAGCGACCCCCGCCGCAGGCAGGCCGCGCUCUCCUUCCUCACCAGCAUCUCCCUCGACGGGCGGCCCCCGCCGCCUGGCAACGACGGCCCCGCCGCCAGGCCCCGCCAGGUCCCGCCGCCGCCGCCGCCGCCGCGGCUGGGCAGCCCCCCGGUGGCGCCCGCCGAGCCCCCCCGGGCCCAGGAGGAGGAGGAAGAGGAGGAGGAGGAGGAUGCCUUCGCCGCGGUGCAGGUGCCGGCCGCCGCCUUCCUGGGCGCCGCAUCGGCGGGCAGCCGCGGCCGCCUCAACUCCUUCACGGCGGGGGUGCUGCCGGCGCCCUUCGGCCGCACUAGCCCCCAGGGCCCCGCCGGCGCCAGCGGAGAGCUGGGGCAGCCCGGCCCCGCCGCCGCCUUCGAGCUGCAGCGGUCCCGACGUCGGUUGAUCUCCCAGCGAUCUUCUCUGGAGACUCUGGAGGACAUCGAGGAAAACGCCCCACUGCGGAGAUGUCGAACACUCUCAGGAUCACCCAGACCAAAGAACUUCAAGAAGGUUCAUUUUAUCAAGAACAUGCGGCAGCAUGAUACCAGAAAUGGCAGAAUAGUCCUUAUCAGCAGCAGAAGAUCCUUCUGUAGCAUAUUUUCAGUGCUGCCAUAUCGAGACUGUACCCAAGUCGGGGAUGUGAAGCUGGACAGUGGACGCCAGUGCCAUUCUACUGGAGUGUGUCUGAAAGAGAUAAUUGGUCUCGAAGGUGUGGAGCUUGGAGCAGAUGGGAAGACGGUUUCUUAUACACAGUUCCUGUUUCCCACCAACGCUCUGGGAACUCGGAGGAAUACGAUAGACUCCACCUCAUCCUUCUCCCAAUUUCGCAAUGCAAGCCAUCGUAGCCUUUCUUUGGCGAGAGCUAACAGCACCCAGGGGAGCAUUGAUGCAGGUAGUGACCUGGGAGACUUUGUUGAAUAUGACCCAAAUCUUUUAGAUGAUCCCCAAUGGCCAUGUGGCAAACAUAAGCGGGUUUUAAUAUUUCCUUCAUAUAUGACCACAGUCAUAGACUACGUGAAGCCAUCAGAUCUCAAGAAGGACAUGAAUGAGACUUUUAAGGAGAAGUUCCCUCACAUCAAGUUAACCCUUAGUAAAAUAAGAAGCUUGAAGAGAGAAAUGCGCAAGCUUGCUCAAGAAGAAUGUGGUUUUGAAGAGCCCACAGUGGCCAUGGCCUUUGUCUACUUUGAGAAGCUCGCUCUCAAGGGGAAGCUGAACAAGCAAAAUAGAAAGCUUUGUGCUGGAGCCUGUGUUCUUUUAGCAGCCAAAAUUGGCAGUGACCUCAGAAAACAUGAAGUCAAGCAUCUUAUAGAUAAACUGGAAGAGAAGUUCCGGCUGAACAGGCGAGAGCUGAUCGCCUUCGAGUUCCCGGUGCUGGUGGCCUUGGAAUUUGCUCUCCACCUUCCUGAGCAUGAAGUGAUGCCACACUACAGACGCUUGGUGCAGAACUCCUAGCACUGGCUGCCCUGCGGGGAAGGGGCUCCCGACUGUUCCCGCUUGGCUCUCCUGAGCCACAGUUACUACUGGAAAUGCAACAUCAGACUCCUAACGCUUCACUCUCUCUCCUCAAAACAGUUUUUCUGGCAACAUAUAGCAAACACUGCAUCAAUGUAAGACUCUCAGCUUGGACAAAUUCACGUAUCGUUACUUUCUCAAAGCAGGUGAAGACUGAGCUGUUGGUAAAUGGUUAAUGUGCUGAAACUGGGUGGCGACUGGGCCUACCUGUGGGGACUGCAGCUAUAAAAGGUGGCAAAAAUUGGAAGGGCAGCCUCCAUGACCACCCCUCUCUCCAUCACACAAACCCUGGAAGCCCACGUGAGUGCAUUCUCAUAGUGCUUUUUCUACAGACCUGCUGCAACUUCCAAGAGGACUUCUUAAAGUGAAAAAGCUUUUAAAGAGGAUAUCUUCACUGUGUCAAAAAGAAUGUGCCAAUCUAUUUUUGUAUCAGCAAUUGAAAGUGCACUUUUUCCUGUGGGGUGUUUGUGUGUGUAUCCGUGUGUGUGUGUGUGUGCGCAACACUGAACUGAUCUCAGUCCAGGUGGUUGGCUUAGCUGUUUCCAAGUGCAUCAGUUACCGAUGGUGAAGAUCAAGGUGACCUUACGUGUUUACUUCUUGAAAAAUGUAACUACUGGAAAAGUGUUAAAUGGGAUCAUUUUUGGACACUUGGUUUUUUUAUUCUCUGGUCUUUCCAGCAUUGUACCUUUGAAAGGAUUACACCACUGCUACUAUGAGAGAAGGAUCAGCAACUGACUUUAAGUUUUCAGUCACGUUUGUGAUAAAGAUGAAAGCAUUAGUAUGAGAUUUCCAUGUCAUGUUUUUUAAAAAUAUUUUGUGUUAAGCCACAUGCGUAUUUUUAACCUUCGCACUUUUCCCACUGUGGAGAUGGUUAGACUUGCACUCUGUAGUGUUGUAUUUCUGUGCUCUAUGUUAGAGUGCGUAAUAAGCACAUUUAUUGUGCUCUAUCUUAAAACAGUGUUUUAUUAAAAAAAAAAAAAAAAAAAGAGUAGGGCUCAGCAGUAUAACAGGUGUCUUAAGGCUCCAACAGCAGGGGCAUCAGCUAUUAAACUUUUGGUUUUUAACAGAAUUGACUGUGCAAAACCUAAAAUCAGUGCCCAUUGAAGUUAGAGGUCCAGUUCCUUUAGACUUUUCAGUACUGGAGUUUUACAGUAAAACUUCUUGCAGCUUCCCUGCUUCUGACUGGACACCCAGAAAGCUGGAGAGUUUCAUCCAAGCUCCCCAGUGCUACAUACACACUAAGCUAGCGCCAUGCUUACGGACAUUGUUCAAUUGCUGUUAUCCUGUGGGAUUACACCCCUGUCCAAUCUUCUCCCACGCUGGUUCACUUAACAAGCCUUGCCCUUGACAUGCCCCACAUGGAUCUGGUAAAGUCAAAUAUACUUACGUUUAUGGUAAUUAUAUAAAAUAAAUAAUAAACUCAGCCGUGAGACUUUAGCUGAAGCCUUACCUUUCUUAAGUUUGGGAGUGCUUGCUCAGAGUAUGGAAAGGGCUUGUGAGCAGAUUGUAGAGAAGUGGGACAUACCAGAGGAUAUAAACACACUAAUGCUUACUUUCUUUCGCUCUUACUUUAAACAGUUUUAUUAUUUCCUUCAGUUAGGCCAGGAAACAUCCAGUUUCUUUACCAGCUUUGACUCCUUUAAAUUCUAGUAUGAAAAACACCUGUGUAUGAUUGCUCUACAGGAUCUGCAAAGGUUACUCAUGUCAGGACAAAUGGGAAUUCGUUUGAUGCUAUUGCUCUCCCUCCAUUUUAAGGGGGAGAGUGACUAUGGUAGCUUACAGUUACUAUUAAUACUUAUCUAAUUACUGAUAUAGAUACAUUCCAACAGGAAUAGGGAGGAGGGGGUAAAGAGAAAAGCCUGCACUUAACCUCCCCAGUGCAACACCCCAGGCCGCUGCAUCCCACACGUUGUUCAGCCAAUUGUGGAGCUAGGGGAGGGGAGCCCUUGCCAGCAGCCUGCUCCCUCCUCCUCCUCCUCUUCGCGGCCCCCAUGCAGCCCAGGGACAGAGGAUCCACGAGCCUGGAGCAUGCCUGAUGCCUGCGGCUGCCCUGCCGGUUUAUUCAGUCCCAAAAGGCAGUGUAGUUGACCUACAAGCCAAAACGGUCUGCGGGUUUGCUAGGAGGGCUUCCAUCCUUGACUGCAUCCCUUUCCACUGAAGUCGUGUAUAUACGUUCAAGAUUUGCUUCUGAUUGCAGAGAUCUGUUUCUAAUAGUGACCACUCAAGGCUAAGCAGAAGCUUUACUUUUCUAUAAAGGCUUCUACCUUUUGCUUUUGAGUCUUGAUUUUUUUUUUAAUGUUGCUUUAUAGUAUUGCAGGGAGAAAGCAAAUUGUGAUUGCAAGAUGCAGACUAAAGAAUGACAGUCUUACAGUAGUCUUUAGAGACGCUAUUGAAUCAUGCUGUCACAUCUUUUGUCUUCUGUGCUGCUACCCAACCCUGAUCUACAGUUUACACAGAUUUCUGGGAUGAAAUCUGAUUGCUGGAGACUUUCUGCUUUUUUUUAUUGUUCCUGUUGUUUUGGGGGCGGGAAAGGGUUUCAAAGUGAUGUUCAGUUACAGUUUGAAUGUGGAAUAAACACUUAAGAUGUUGA